UAGUCAAAAUCAAGAAUGCUAAAGGCCUGCUCCAAGGGACGAUGGUGGAAUUCUCCAAAUUCAUUUUUGACAUAUUGAGUUUGAGACGCUUCUGUAAGGUAUGCAGGUACCAGAUAGGAAGAGGGAAAUUCAAGUCUGACACUCAAGAUACCUGGUCUGAAAAAUAAGGAAAUCAUCAUCAUAAAGAUAGUAACUUAAGUCACAAACAUAGUGUGUAUUAUCCCUACCUAGUUUCUGCCCUAUUUCUCUCUUCCAUUGAAUGUCUUACUUUUUGAAAGAAGAAUUUUUGCUGUCUCCAUUUUCCUAUGGCAGACUGGCUGUUCUCCCCAUUUUACUACCAAAAUUGUCUUCAAAGAGGUGACCAAUGGCAUCUGUGUUUUGAAUCAAGAGUAUCCCUGAGGAUACAGUCAAAAGAAAGUUCUCUGAAACAGAGAGAGCAGUCCGAAGCUCGGGAUGGCAACAGCAUUGGUGAGUGCCCAUUCCCUGGCUCCCCUGAAUCUGAAGAAGGAGGGGCUUCAGGUAGUGAGGGAACAGGGAUUCAAGCUGCAAGGAAACAGCAAAGGCCUUGGACAGGAGCCAUUGUGCAAACAAUUCAGGCAGUUGCGCUAUGAAGAGACCACAGGACCUCAAGAAGCACUGAGCCAGCUGCAAGAGCUCUGUCGACAGUGGCUGCAACCUGAGACCCACACUAAGGAGCAGAUUCUAGAGCUACUGGUGCUGGAGCAGUUUCUGACCAUUCUGCCUAAGGAGCUUCAGGCCCGGUUAUUGGAGCAUCACCCAGAGAGCGGAGAGGACAUGGUUGUUAUUCUGGAGGAUUUGCAGCUGGAGCUUGGAGAAACAGGACAACAGGUGGACCUAGACAGGCAAAGAAACAAAACUGCUUGUGGAGGAGACAGCCCCUCUGAAAGCAGUGCAGGCGCAGCAGGUUCAGCCUGAGUGUGAAGUUUCAAAGCCUGAGAAAGAGAAGGGUCCCCUUCUUCUGGGAGCCUUCUGAAUAAAGAAGCUGAAAGAAAGGGGCCUACCUUUUCUGAAUAGCCUUGCAGAAAUGAACUUAAGCCAUGUAAUCAAUGACAGGUGAGGAGACAAGGAUUGAGAAUUGGAAGCUUGUUGUAGUGACAGACUUUUAUGGAAGAGUUGAAUCUUCUGGGAAAAUCUCUGAACCCAUGGAGGCUCAUUAUGAGGAGUAUAACUUGGAAAGGCAACUGGCCAAGCCCGAGGAGACUGACUACAAAUGCUCAGAAUGUGGAGAGGGAUUCAUCCAGCAUUUGGACCUGAUUGAACAUCAGAGUGUAUACACGGGAGAGAAGCUCUAUGAAUCUGAAGCUUGUCAGAGUUCUGGCCUUACUCGACAUCAGAAAAUCCUCUCUAGAGAGAAAAGUCAUCAGUGUCAUGAGUGUGGGAAAGCCUUUCAGAGGAGUUCACACCUUGUCAGACAUCAGAAAAUCCAUCUUGGUGAGAAGCCUUAUCAGUGCAAGGAGUGUGGAAAAGUCUUUAGCCAGAAUGCAGGCCUUUUGGAACAUCUCAGAAUCCAUACUGGAGAGAAACCUUAUCUAUGUAUCCAUUGUGGAAAGAACUUUAGGCGCAGCUCUCAUCUUAAUCGACACCAGAGAAUUCACAGUCAGGAGGAGCCCUGUGAGUGCAAGGAGUGUGGAAAAACCUUUAGUCAGGCUCUACUCCUCACCCAUCAUCAGAGAAUCCAUAGUCAUUCCAAAAACCAUCAAUGUAACGAGUGUGGGAAAGCCUUCAGUUUGACCUCAGACCUUAUUCGACACCACAGGAUUCACACUGGAGAAAAACCUUUCAAGUGUAACAUAUGCCAGAAAGCCUUCCGAUUAAACUCACACCUCACUCAGCAUGUAAGAAUCCACAAUGAAGAAAAACCCUUUGAGUGUAAUAAAUGUGGAGAAGCCUUCAGGCAGAGAUCAGGUCUUUUUCAACAUCAGAGAUAUCACCAUAAAGACAAACUGGCUUGAUGAGGUGUUUUCUCCUUGUAGAACAUCAGAGAGGGCACAUUGACAAACAAAUAGCACUUUAAGAGAAGUCACUCUAGCUAAUGUUGGCAUCAGAGCAUUCUUGGAGGCCAAAUUGGAAGCCGUCUGCCUCCAUUCCCUCUGCUUUAUUUUCCUUGAAGUCAAUUUUGGACAAUGGCAAUUUCACCCUAGAUGGUACUGUGGGAUCAAGGUUAACCAGCAUUCUUCACCACAGGACUUCAGAGUCUUUAACAUAAUAAAUGCGUAAUUAUGGAUCUCUAAGCAGUAGAGAGCCUCAUGACUGAGUGAAGGCUUUAAGUCAGUAGUGAAUCAAGGGUCCACAGAUUUAUAGGCUUAAGCAAAACAAGGGCAGGUUGGUAUUUUUGCAUAUACUAUAGUAGCAGACUCCUAUAAAAUAAGACUAAUGAUAUUUGGAAAUAUACCACUCUCAAAGGUGUCUUAAAGUACAGGUUAAUGAGGGCAUUUUCCCCUACUGGCUUCACACCAUUCCUCCCACUGACCUUACCCUUGUGCUCCCUCACCCAAAAUCAGUGGAAACAUUUUAGAAAGCAAAGAUAAUCUUUUGCUGGCUAACUAUAGAACUUGCCUUCUUGGUUAGCUUCAUGUAAU